UGUUUUCCAUAAAAUACGGUGCAAUGAAAGAGAAAGUUAUUAAAUUUUCAAUUCUACUUAAAUCAUUUACUUGAAAUAGUCAAAUUCGAAAUCAAAAUGAAAUUCUCAUUAUUCGUCGUAGUUCUCAUCGUCGUAGUUUGUGUUGCUUCUCCAGAUGGAAGCAUUGAUAAGCGAGGCAGUGGUAAUGGAGGCAGCGAUAAUGGAGACAACGGCAAUGAUGGCAGUGAUAAUAAAGGUGUAGGUAGUGGAAGCUGGGAUAGUGGUAAAGAUGAUCAUUCAAAUGAUAAUGAAGGAAGCGAUAAUGGAGACAACAGCAAAGAUGGCAGUGAUAAUAGAGGCGCAGGUAGUGGAAGCUGGGAUAGUGGCAAAGACGAUUAAUCAAGUGAUGAAGGAAGUGGUAAACGUAAAGCAAGUGACAAAAAAGAUCAAUGGCCUUACCAACAGCAAGAGCACCAAGAAUGAGGACAACAGCUACCAUUUUGCCUACUAUUUUGCGAUUAAAAAUUAAAAAUAAGAUUAUCUGGUUGCAAUCAAAGCAGGUUUUUUCAUGAAUCCUUCUGAUUCACUUUUUUCCGCAUCUUUUCAGCCAGCUUUUGAAGCAUCAAUUUUACCGUUUUUAUCUUCUCACUUUCUACAGUAAAUUUUCUAUU